AUGAAGAUCUCGAGCCUCGCCCUGCUCUCCGUCGUCCUCCUGGCUGUCCCGCUGCUCUCUGUGGAAGGCAAGAAGGAGAGAGGGAGGAAGAAGGCGCAAGGCGAGGGGCCUGGAGGGCAGCCCCGCUUGCGCGCCCCCAGGGGCCGCUUCCGCACCCCGGGCCAGGCGGAGUGCAGGUGGGCUGUGGUGCAGGAGAUGCCCAGGGCCACGUUGAAAGUCGAGUGCUCCGGAGAGGAAGGCCAGUUCAGCUGCUUCUUCGCUGGCGAUCCACACUUGUGCAUGGAGUUUGUCACCCAAAGCAAGGCCUACUGGAAACAGAUGGGCCGGACGCUGGCUCGACAGGCCAACGUGUGCGCAGAGCCCAAGACGGUCCUCAAGACCAAGCUGUGCGGGAAGAAGGUUCCGGCUGCCCAUCUCAGGAUGCUCAACUCCACUCUGGUCUCCGGCGACAGAUCCACCACCCGAAAGCCCACUGUGGUUCUUGAGACCCAAGGAACCAUCCCUGCAGAAACGCAGAUGCCACCUAAGGGUGAUAGUGACCCUAAGUGUGACCAGGACGCCGACCUCCAGUACCAGGGGAAGCUGGUCGAGGAGUACUGUGGAGAAUCCUGGGGUUCCAUCUGCAGGUUCUUCCUGUCCAUGCUGCAGGACACGUCGUGCUCCUGA